CGGCCGCGUCUCGACUGGAAUGCAGAGUGAACUCUCUCUCUCUCUUGCCAUGGUGUGCGACGCCACCGCCACCACCAGCAUCACCAACACCGCCGCCGCCGCAGCCGCCUUUAAUUCAUUAUUUAACUCAGCGUGCACCGGGUCUGGCUCCCCUCUUCUUCUUUUUCUUCACUCGCGGGCGCCUCGAGACGCACUACAACAGCAGCCGCAGCAACAGCAGCAGCAACAACAGCAGCAGCAGCAACAGCCGCAGCAACAGCAGCAGCAACAGCAGCAGCAGCAGCCACCACGGGUGGCUCAUGAACCACACCGCUCCCGUCUGCAUCGCCCACGCCACCAUGAGCUCACCUGACUCCGACAAUGAUGACACCCAGCAAGGCAGUGGCGGUAGCAACGGAGAUGGAGGUGGCAAUGCUGGUGGCUCCGGUCUGGGUGGAGGAGGAGGACAUCUGGAUGUCGCGGGGCCCGGCUCGGCGCGUGGGGGUCGAGCGGGCCGGGCGGGCCGCCCCGCUGUGGCGAACGCGGCCCGGGAACGCAGCCGCGUGCGCACGCUGCGCCACGCGUUCCUCGCCCUGCAGCGAGCCCUGCCCGCGGUGCCGCCCGACACGAAGCUCUCCAAGCUGGACGUGCUGUUGCUGGCCACCACCUACAUCGCGCACCUCACCAGGGCUCUGGACCAGCCGCAGGGACCGAGCUCGCAGGGCCAAGGGCAGGGGCAAGGACACGGCCAGGCAGGACAGGGCGCGGGGACGGCCCCCGCGGGUGCCGUGCCGCCGGGAGCCGCGGCGGCGGCGGCGGCGAGGGCCGGGAGCGCGCAGACGGGGAGCCGCGCACAGAGUCUCAAGACCGAGGGGUACCUGCAUCCCGUAAAGAAAUGGCCUUUGCGCUCGCGUCUCUACAUGGGAGCCACCGGGAACUUCUUGCUGAGCAGUUCGCCCGCCGGCGGGGAGCCGACCUCGGGAGGACGCCAAGCCGGGCCCGGUCCCAGUCGCCACACGCCCGCGUCGUAGCCGGCGCCGGGACGCGAGACGCGCGAGAGAGAGAGAGACUGCGGCGUGGUGACCCGCAGCGGAGGCGGAGGCUAUCGAGCGUGCAGGCGGUGCAACUGCGUCAGGGAAACGCUGGCUGGAGGGGAGAAGAGGCGCGGGCGGGCGGGAGGGUGUGUGCCCGAGCGCUGGGAUACGAAGAAGAGAGGGGUUCAGGGUUAAUUGUAUAGAGGCUGGGACCCCCUUUUCACAGCCAGCCACUUCACGCUACUCCACGGACGGACGCUCUCCAGACGUAUUGACGCACAGAGCACGCUUCCUCUCUCCUUCCUGCACGAAGGACAUUGUUCCACGAAAGCUUUUUGAACAACGACACCUUGCUGAUCUCGUCAAGGAGCCCUAAACCAUCAUCACGCGACCUCUGGCCAUCCUCGCAGCAAGCCGCUUUUGGCUGCUUGCCAUCGAACGAACACGGUCACUUGCAUCGCGUGCCACUUUCAGAUGCGCCUCUGCUGCCGCCUGGAACGCUCUUCUCCUUCCGAUAUGAGGAAGCCACUGAGGCUGUGCACUUUUAAAUCGUCCAGAUUGAAAACUAAUUUCUUUCAAACUGCUUUUGUGUUUAGUCUGUUGUACUUUUCCCCACGCGUCCGAUUAGCACGGUUGGCUAUGUACGGCGCGAAAGAAGUUCUACUCACGACACUAUACACAUGUUCCCAUUUUGUCUAUAACUGCGUCUUGCUCCAGUUCUCGGUUGCAUUGUGAGCACAGUGGCCCAAAGCCCCCCCCCCCACCCCCUCCACAACAAGACACACCAAGCGGGCAGCAACAAACGUCAGUAAUAAAGUUGUAAUCGAUCAGAGAUAAUACGUGUCUUAAUUUGAGCAAGGUGCUGAGACGAUGGGAGGGAAUUCCAAAAUCGAGCAGUGCAAGCGCAGACGCAGAACCCAAGCGUUUGCGCUUUGCUGGAGGAACACCGCAGCAUCGAGACCAGGGGGUUGACAGCCUCCGUCUCCGGAGUGGCAUGCGGCUCUUUAAGGACAGCUUCGUAACGUUGUUCACACGCGCACGUGCGGCUCUUGAUCUAUUGAGUGUUUUUUUUGUUUACCGAAUAAAAAAGAAAUGGCUCUCCUUGUUAUUUUAGUUUGCCGAACAUCCCCUGACCUAGACCGGUGUUUUUUAUUGCAAGGUCCGCGGGCCACGAGCAGCCUCUGGUGGCCUUUAGGGCGGUUCCUUGACGUGCGGACCCCCGACUAGACACAGCAUGUGACCCCCCCCCCCCCCCCCCGAUCAUCGUGCCGUCAAACCCCCAAUGGUUUCAAACGUGUGGCGGCCCUCACACCGAUGGUGUCUUAUCAGCGAAAGUGCACCCCACCCCACCCCCUCUGCGAAUCAGCGAAGAACGCUGCUCUAGACGCAUUUACCAUUCUCGUCAUUGUAUAAUCGGGGGUACGUUUCAUCCGAGUCUUGCCCGCCCGGGUGGACGACCAGGAAAAUAUUUCGGCACCUGGUACGCAAACAUCCAGUACGCAUCUCGCUUUAGCCGUGCAUGGCUUCUCGGCACGUGCGCCACCUACUAAAGUUUACCAGCCAUCCAAAACAUUAGGGAAUGAGCAGUUUGUACUGAAAGGAGGUAGCUGUGGCUGCUGCUGUGGCACAUUGAGACAUAUGAACAGCUAAAUGUAUCAAGCUCACGACUACUGCAGCGUUACUUGGUGAUACUGCUGCGUUAGCAGUGGUGCACGAGCACAGUUAACAACACAGACUCGAUACAUUCGUCAAAAAAAAGAACACCGUGACCCGAAAAAAAAAAGACCCACGAUAGCCGACGUUUCGGGCAGUAGAAUGAACAACAUUCCGCAGUGGAUAGAUCGUGGCUUGUGUUGUUACGUGUUCAAACAGCGAUUCAGAAAUGUACCCGUCAUACUUUGUGAAUGCUCUCAAAGUCACGCCUUCCGGACUUGGGAGAACCUGGGUUAAACUCCCGUGUGAAACGGACACAAGUUGACAAACUGGAGAAGAUCGCUGCGCAGGGUGAACGGAUCAUCGUGGGUCUUAUCCUGAUCAACAAUCGCGAGACCCAAAACAAAUGCGCACUCAAGGACAGUACCUUCAAGUUCAAGUUCAUUUAUUAGGUAUAGCCCUGUGAGCCAUUCGGCUCUUGAAUCGGGUGCAACCGCAACAAACAAUCGGCGAGCUUUGAGUGCACUCACAAGGGAGACCCUUUCGUAUUAUUAUCGGAAACUCGACGUCUGGUCACAAUAUAGACUUGAAUCUGGUAAACAUUAAGAAUAACUUAACCAGGCAUUGUUGGACGCGGUGAAGCUGCGUUGACACGGCGAACAAUUAUCCCCGAACCACAAGGGCUACAAGUAAAAGAAGCCGUGAAACUGGUGCACGAGAGGAACAGGUGGGACAUCUGUGGAAAAAAAGAGCUUCAUAGCUCAUCGGAUUCCUCCAGUAUAAAUCAAUAUUCUGAUUCUGGAGAGGUCUCCAUUCGGUUCCAUUGCCUCUCAAAGAAGACGGCAAGCACCUCGAGAUGGGGUUUACGGACUGCUCCUUCACAGUAUCGUGGGGCUCGGCGGCGUCUUUGGGAGGCGUUCAUCCAGCAGUGGAUUGGUCAUAACUGAUGAUGAUGAUAUGGUCUAUGGAAAAUACAUUAUGUGACUUGUUGCGUGUGUGUCCGAUUUAAUCGCCCACCUGCUUUAAGUGUAAGAUAGUUUAAAAGCCGUGUGUCAUGGCCUAUGCAACAUAAUAAAUAAUGCCCGACGAUUUACCCAUAUGAAAGUGAGUACGACAGACUAUUUUUUUUCUGCAUGCAUGCAUGCAUUGGAAUCGUUGGCCAAUUCAAUUUCUGAUAGCUUGGCUCAAUGCGGGAAUAAACUAGAGAACCACGGAGGAAGACGACCACGCGUAACACGAGGGCACAACACUCAGCGCCUGCAGCACCUGGCAAACCCUGGUGGUGGUUGGUCACCCAUUCACCUACUAACCAAUAUCAACCCUGCUUAACUCCCGAGAUCCCACUCAGAUCGAACGCAUUCAGGGUGCUUUGGCCGUUCGCAUUACGAUGGAGAUAUUGGAUUUUUUGUUACUAUUUAACGUUCUUAACACAAAGCUUAUACAGACGCAAUGAUACGAAUUGUACCUGGCCUACCAGCGCAAUUGUUACCGUAUUCUCCGAAUUAUAAGACGCACGUUUCCCCCCCCCCCCUAUUUAAAAUGAAAAAAAUUGGGGCUUGCGUCUCAUAACUAAAUUGGUAUACGUAUGUGUGUGAAAUAAUUAUAUAACUUCAUAGGUAACUGGCACAAAUUUUGGAGGGUGCGUUUUACGUUCGGGGGAGUCUCGGUUAAUGUUUGAAACGCAUUGAAUUGGCGGUUUCCAGCAGUGGAUGUAGACCGUAACUCGCACAGAUGUGUACAUGAAGUUUAAUUUCUGCAAGGACUGCCUGCUGUCUAAUACCCUCUGUGUCUUUGCUGCCGUCUUAUGUCUUUUGCGUGUCAUCGGGUAUUACACAGCAGGCGCGCGCACGCUACUCGCGUUAGGAAAUUGCACGUGUUUGGAGUAGUGGUGUUGACAUUUUAAAAGUUGAUUUGUUUAACCAAGUGGUAACUCAAGAUGCCAGGAUGAGUCUUAUUCGCAACAGUGCCCUGGGUCACAGCAAAAUGACGAAAGUAAACAAAAAAAAAGCAAAGCAAUGAGGCAAAUAUAAAUCGGUAGAAAAGCAAUUGUCACAAAGACCAGGCAUUUUGUUAAGGGGAGGGGACAUCGCGACUCACAAGGGCUGUCCCGGUGGUUCGGUAGAUAUAACAUUCAGUCCUGUAUUAGGGGCAGGCCAUAGCGCACGAGAUGGGGUUGCGUGUAGCCAUGCCUGACCGCCUUUAUUUCCCCAGCGCCGAUGCUUACACACGGGGUGGACCCACAAACAAGUUCUGAAAUCGCUCGCCACUGAUGUAAGCCGUGGCCGGGAACCGAACCAAGGUGACCGGGUUUGCAACAGCAGCGCAUUGUACGAACCAUAUAUACAGAGUGUGCUAUAUAUAACGGACGGUUGGCGUAAGUUGCUGUUAAGGAUCACCUAUGAAGGCCGGCACGUUACACGAGGGUAGGCCGCCUUUGUCUCCCGAGUGCUACACAUCGCACUAGGUACUAAUUCAAGGCUGAGUCGUCCUAUGGGAGGCCCAGGACCGGUUCAGAUAAUCGUCACUGUGUUGGCCGUGAGCGGGUAUGGAACCUGGAACGCCGGGUUCGAGGCACAGCACGCGAACCACUUACCCUGCCGCUGUACAUAUACAAUAUGCAUAUUAUACACGGACACGACCGAAUGAAUGCGGUUCAUAACGGUGCAGCCUGACCUCUCGAUCACAUGUAACGAUGAAUUAACGUGAUGAAUUGCA